AACAGCAGCAGCGGUCCUCGUCGCCCCCGCCGCCCGGAGAGGCUCUGCAGCAAUGAAGCCGACUGUCCCGAGCCUUCAAUACCCCAGGUCCCAAACUACAGGCUGUCGAUGACAAUUCCAGACUGGCUCCAGGCAAUCCAGGAUUACAUGAAGACACUACAAUACAAUCAUACAGGGACCCAGUUCUUUGAAAUUAGAAAAAUGAGACCACUGAGUGGGUUAAUGGAAACAGCAAAAGAAAUGACCCGGGAGUCCCUGCCCAUCAAAUGCCUUGAAGCUGUCAUCCUGGGCAUAUACUUAACCAAUGGACAGCCUUCCAUUGAGCGGUUCCCCAUCAGCUUUAAAACCUACUUCUCAGGAAACUACUUUCACCACGUCGUGCUGGGGAUUUAUUGCAAUGGCCGCUAUGGCUCACUGGGCAUGAGCCGAAGGGCGGAGCUGAUGGACAAGCCAUUAACCUUUCGGACUCUGAGCGACCUCAUCUUUGACUUUGAAGACUCCUAUAAGAAAUACUUGCACACAGUCAAGAAGGUCAAGAUUGGGCUGUACGUCCCCCAUGAGCCUCAUAGCUUCCAACCCAUUGAAUGGAAGCAGCUGGUCCUCAACAUCUCAAAGAUGUUGAGGGCUGACAUAAGGAAGGAGCUGGAAAAAUAUGCCAGGGACAUGAGAAUGAAGAUCCUGAAACCUGCAAGUGCCCACUCUCCGACCCAGGUGAGAAGCCGGGGAAAAUCUCUGUCCCCCAGAAGGAGACAAGCAAGCCCCCCAAGAAGGCUCGGCAGGCGAGACAAGUCGCCUGCACUGCCUGAAAAGAAGGUGGCUGAUCUCAGCACGCUGAAUGAAGUGGGCUAUCAAAUCCGAAUUUAGCCAAGCCAUACCGGCCAGUGAGAGGGUUUCUGUGGUGCUUCUCUCUGCACUUUAGCCAGCAUCUUCAGGAGGACUGCAACUAUUUAUUAAGAGCUUGUGGAUUUUAUUUUUAAGGACUCACCUAGAAAUAGAAUCUGAGUGGGUGGUAACAAUUAGCUUUAAAAAUUUCACUAAGAGGCAACUGUGAAAAGGCUAAGUAAUAAGCCCGUUUGGGGUUGGACUGUCUCCCUCACUCAAGAUCUUAAGGAUAACAAUCAUAACUGUAGUUUUAUAUUUUUCCAUUUACCUGCUUUCUUUUACUUGCUUUGAACAUUACGCCUCACCAAUAGAGGAUGUUCAUGA